UUGAGAGACUAGUUUUUUUUUUGUUUUUUUUUUUUGUUUUUUUUUUAAAGUCUAUUUACUGUAAAAUUCAGAAAUCAAAUGAUUGUGAUCUACACUAAUACCUGCAAACUUGUUCCAUUUCACAUUACCAGAGAGAUGCUACAGUACACCAGCAUACAAUAAUGCUGGUGUUUGGCAUUUCCAUUCACAUACACCUGCAGGACAGAUGAUUAAAAUGUAGGCUUGUGAAUAAAGGCAAUUCUGUUAUUAGUCAAUGUGAAGCAAUAAUGCUUUUAUAGUUGUCUGAAUCAAAGAAGGGCCAAGUAGAUCCAGUGCAUAAUCACUAGAAGCUGGGGGAAGUUGUCACUUAUUUGCUGGAUUUGGAACAUAAUGUUCUCCGCACAUCUUGUUUUGUACUCUUGUACCUUACAAUACAAAACAGUUUUUUAAAAAAAGGCUUUCAUGGUUCCCUUAAACAUGUACCUUUGCCUGUUCAUAACAUGCAAUGAAUAGCUGGCAUUGUCUGAAAUGAAUAGUACAAGUUUAAUAAUAUAACAUUUAAAGUCAGAAUUACAACCAGUUUGACUGUAACAUUAAGCCGCCCUUUUUUGUGGAAUGUAAAUUGAUAUGAAUGGAUAGCAAAGUUCUUUUCAGUCUUUGUGAUUCCCUACUGUGGCUUGCAGCAACGAGAAGAAAAGCGGUUGCCAGCAGCAACCCAAAGUUGUCGAUUAGACUUGCUUCUUACCUAAAUGAAUCUAGCUGCUUUUCAGCUGAGAGGCACAAUGGCUGCAGUGUGCAUCAAAAGAGCUUCCUCACAUUUGGGGAUUGCAUUGAAGCUUCCUGAAAUCACACACCCCUUAUCAAGGCUGGGGGACCCCGAGACUCUCUCUGUAGCAGGGUGUUCCAAACAGGGGGACCUAGAGGGCAGGCAUGGCAGGACUGUGGGGAAGGGGAGAGCUUCAACCAGGAGAGAGAGAUCAAGAUCCUCACUCCAGGGCACCUACAAAAAACACAGGCUGGACAAACUAGACAGCUGGAGAAAGCUGGACAAGUGGGUCAAUGUAGACAGUAAACAAUGGGCAGAGGGCAGGAGUGUGUGUCGAGAGAGCAGCCAGGUCUCCUCACGGCCUGCAACACAAGUCACACUGCAGAUUGAUGAAUUGGAACUCCUCUUGCGUGAGAAGAUUACAUCUGGUGGAUUUUAUUCUUUAAAACAACUUUUCCUGGCUAAUGACCCAACAGGCAGAGGGAUUGUAUCAAGGGAAGCCCUUAUCAUUAUUAUUACUAAGUUUUUGGGAAGAUUCAUCAGUGCAAAACAAUGUUCUUCUCUUUUAACCAGGCUAAAAUUAAACGAAAAGUCAACCGUCUCCUUUGGAAAGUUUUGCAGCUGCUUUGGAGAUCAGGAGAGUGAAGAUUACCCUGCCUGGCUGGAUCCUGUGAAGAGAGCAGGAGAAACUGUUCUGAGAAGUGCAACACAAGCUCAUUUCGAAUUAAAGAAGAAGGUCUGGGACAGGCCCUUUGAAAUUCUGGCUAUGUUUCCUAAUAAGGAAGGCGUAGUGCGGCCACCAGAACUGAGGCAGGUUCUGUACCAGCUGGGAAUACAAAUGGAGGAGAAGGAAUUUGAAAAACUCUGGAAAAGGUAUGACAGAUUUGGUGGAGAAGCAGUCACCAGACAGACUCUAAUGAAGACUUUAGGUUUUGAAAGUCGAAGUGCAUCCGAGGAGCACAGGAGGGCUCUUCUGUUUGCUCUCAGCAGGGUUUCCAGCAGUACUGUGCCAGAGAGCCGACCAAAGCCUUCAGGGAGAAGCCCUUCAAAGUCCCAGGAGCAGAGAACCCUUUCCCUGGAUAUAGAGGAGUGGCUGAAGAAGAAGUUUGCAGAGGGACUCAAGGGGAUGCUGGCUGAGUUCCAACGAUUUGACACCAACAAUUCUGGAAAGGUGUCGAGAGAUGACUUUAUGCAGGUCUUGGGUAGGUUCCGCCUGCACCUGAAAAAGGAGCAGCUCAGUCUGUUCUUGGCUCGCUGUGGCCUGGAUGAAGCUUCCUCCGAUGUGAGCUACACAGACUUUCUACAACAGUUCCAGGACAGAACUGAAAAGGGCAUGUCUCAAAGGAUCCUUUCAGAUCCCAAUCACAGGUUUAACCAAGCUGGGAGCCUCACCUGUUACUCCACGGUCUCUGCUGUAGAGGCAAAGCUAAUUAAUCUUCUACAGUCAGACUUCCUGUCCCUGUUAGGGGAUUUUCACAAAAUGGACACACUGAAAACAGACACAGUGAGUCAGCAGCAAUUCAGAACAGCUAUAGAAACAAGGUUUUCUAUGAGAAUGACGGAGGAAGAACUUGAGUGUCUGCUGGAGAAAGCUCCCCUGGAUAAACUUGGAAAUGUUAGAUAUGUGGAAUUCCUGGGCAGGUUUGACAGCAGCAAUGGUGUGCACAAUCUCUUUGAGGAUGACCUGACUGUUGUGACACAAUUUAGUAGAAAAACAAAGAGGGCUGGCCAGUUAGAGGAUCACAAAAACAGAGAACGAACACAUUUCCAGCUGUCAAAGAUCAUUAAAGAUCUCCUGAAAAACAACUUUCAGGCGGUCGAAAGUGCCUUCAACGACCUGGAUGAAAUGAACACAAAAAGACUUUUUCCAGAAACCAUGUAUCAGCUGCUAAAACGCUUUGAUAUCCAUCCCCACAUCUCGAGAGAAGAGGUUGACAAGCUGUGGGGUCCUCUAAUAACCAAUGAAGACGGCACAUUGGGUUUUCUGCAGUUUGUCCGCCAUUUUGGAUUUUCUCCAUUGUCAGCAUGCUAUCCCAAUGCCAAAAGGGUACCACCUGUGAAGGGAGACAGUGACUUUCUGAUCAGGUCUAGAAAACUCAAUUCUGACACUGAAAUAACUGUGGAAUACCUGCGUGCAAAGGUGGAGCUGCUGGUUGAAGAACUCUGGACCCAGUUUCAGGAAUUAGACUCAAGCUGUUCAGGAUUUGUUGCCAAAGAGGAGUUUAAGGAUGUGCUGAUUGGCCUUUGUCCUGAGUUAACAGACUACCAGUGUUACAUGAUUGCCUCCAAAUUUGGCCAUGGAGAGAACAGGGUCUCCUAUGUAGAUUUUCUUCACCCAUUUGCAGAACAGAGAAGACAUUUUAAAGCUGCCAGUUCUAAGCUCUUGAACCUGAGAUCUGGUGCACAUUCUCCAGUUUACAAUGAGGUUAUGCUGAAGGGUCUGAGUGACCUCACACUGAAACUGAGACAGAAGCUGGCUGGCGAGUGGAAGAGCCUUCAGAAAGCCUGUAAGAAACUGGAUGUGCACAGCACCGGGUUCCUCUUGCUACCUGAAUUCAGAUCUGUCCUGAAGCUCUGCAAUAUCGUCCUGGAUGAGGACGACAUUUACCACGUCAUGUCCCGCUUCGACAGAGACGUGACUGGGAAAAUAAACUACUCGCAGUUCAUCAACGAUACCGCGAAGAACCUGUAAAUACUGUGGAACACCCUUUACCAACAGAGGAGCCACAUGUGUUUAAAGUUAUUUAGGAAUUCAACCAGGAAUGUUAAUGAGUGGAGUUUCAAGUAUAUCAGACUGAUACCGCAGAGUUUUCCCUGUAUUAUAUUUUGAGCUAGCCUGUGUCUGUGUUAAAUAUUGCAGGGAAAAUGAAUUUCACACACGGGUAAUUUAAAGUAUGAGAGGGUCCUUAGAGUGGAAAUGCUUUUUAAUUAGCCCUUCUUAAUUAGAGCACUAAUCAUUAGUUUCUUGUGCCUGUAUUAUCCACUGCAAGUCACUUUGCAGAGUUUAUCAGGGUUCCUCCUUUACUUCAACACUGCACAUGUUGUAAAAGGGGAUAAAUCUCACAUGUGAAAGGAUGCAUUUUGCUUCAGAGACUCUGCAAUUUGUCCUUUCCUUUGGCUUCUGAAAAAGGAAUCCUGUCUGUGCAACCCACUUCACCCAUGUCUUUAGGCAAUAAUUAAUGAAUGGUUGUUGUUUCUGCUUAUAUAAAUCUAUUAAAUGAAAUUAAUAUGCUAGUAUAAAGCACAUCUACAAUAAAUAUAAAGUGGUAUUCUAAGACCUAA